AUGAUAGAAAUUUAUUUCAUUGGACUUCUUGGACAUGUCCUUCAUGUCGAAUAUGUGAGGUAUGCAGAAGAACAGCAUCCUCCUCACAAGAAUGUGAGUAAAGGACCUUAUUUGUGCCCCAAGCAUACAAAGUGUCAUAGCUGUGCAUCUACAGUCCCAGGGAAUGGAUCAAGUCUCAGGUGGUUUCUCGGGUAUACUUGUUGUGAUGCUUGUGGAAGAUUAUUUGUGAAGGGAAAUUAUUGCCCUGUUUGCUUAAAGGUGUAUAGAGACUCUGAAUCAACACCUAUGGUUUGUUGUGAUGUUUGUCAACGAUGGGUGCAUUGUCAUUGUGAUGGAAUUAGUGAUGAAAGGUAUUUACAAUUUCAAGUGGAUAAUCACUUGCAAUACAGUUGUGCUACAUGUCGUGGAGAAUGUUACCAGGUUCGGGAUCUUGAAGAUGCUGUUCAGGAGCUCUGGAGAAGAAGAGACAAAGCUGACCAUGACUUAAUCACUAGCUUAAGAGCUGCAGCAGGAUUACCAACACAAGAAGAAAUAUUUGCAAUUUCACCUUAUUCAGAUGAAGAUGAUGAUACCCCACCCCCACCCCCACCCCCACCCCCUUCUCUAAAAAAAGAAUAUGGCCAUUCUUUAAAGUUUUCCCUCAAAGGAGUAAUCGAUAAUAAAUCCCCUGAUAAAAAGAACAAAAAAAAAUCUUCUAAAAGAUAUGGAAAGGAAAAAGGACAGAGUGAUGCUCAAUCUAUUGGAUCCAUCACAGGCGAUAAUCAUAAUAACAAUAAUAAUAAUAAAGAUGAAGAUGUGGAGUCUUUUAGAAGUAGCGAAUCAGAUUUUUAUAAAAACAAAAACAAAAACAAGCUUGUUAAUGAGAUUUCUGGGACAAGUUUUAAAUUUUUUAAAGAUAAAAUGAAGGAGAGUGGAAAAGAUGUUAAAUCAAAGGACAUUAAGGGGAGAAAAUUGGUUAUACAUUUGGGUGGGAGACAUAAAACUUCAAUAAAUUCUCCAAGGUCUGAUGUGUCAAACUCUCUCGUUGACCAAGCGUUGACCACUCCAAAUGGUGGUGAAGACAUGGUACAAGAAAGACCAAAAGAUAAUUAUUUGGACAUGCUUGCAAAUGCAAACUCAUCUAAGCUCUCUGAUGUAGAAGGAGACAGCUUAAACCAUGAUGAUGAAACCGGUGUUUCGUUUGGUAAAAGGAGCACGAAUAGGAGCAUGACACCUGGCAGUGGAAGUGAAAAAGUUAAGCCUUCAUUGAGACUGAAAUUCAAGAACCCGUAUUCAGAUGAUCAGAGCUUUGUGAAGGGUCAAAGGUCAAAGAGAAAGAGACCUUUGACUUUUAUGGAUAAGUCACCAUCUUUUGUUCAAGAAGAUAAUAAUAAUAAGAAUAAGAAGAAAGGGGAUGGAAACUCGUAUGAUGAGAUCAUGGAUGCAAAAUGGAUAAUUCAAAAGUUGGGAAAACAUGCAAUUGGAAAAAUUGUUGAAGUUCAUCACCCAUCAAAUAAUUCCUGGCACAAGGGAACAAUAAUUGAAUUUUGUGAAGAUACGUCAAAUGUAUUGGUUACUUUAGAUGAUGGAAAAACAAUGAAUGUGGAUCUUGGAAAACAAGGAAUCCGCUUUGUUUCAAAGAAGCAGAGACUGUAAAAAGUAAAACGAUUGUGGUAAUAUAUUUUUUUUUACUUUGUGUUAAUUGAUAUGUG